AUGACGCGGACUCAGCCCGGGAGAUUUCACUCUAAUACAUUAAUGACGAUGGUUUCUACUUUGUAUGUGGAUCAAUCAUCGCUUAUAACUUUCACUAACCGCAAGGGACCCGAGUAUAGUCCGAGCGAGCACUUCUCACAUGUGGCCGGUCCUGCGGCCGCGGACUUUCUCCUUCAUGACUGGAACAAUCGGAGGCUCCAUCACAUACUGUUAUUAGAAAGCGAAAUUACUUUUACAUGCGAUAUCCAUGCACGACAAAUGACGCCCUCGCAUCCCAUGGUGCCGUUAAAACUUUCACAAAUAUCAAAAGAGCGCCUCCACUGUGACAUAGCUACUGCAGUAACACAAUACAUUACAGUAUUAAACAGAGUUCACUCACAUGGAAAUAUCCAGAUCAGAUAUACAGUUAUGAACGAAUUAAAAAAGAGAUCGAGAACAUGCAAUUAG